UUCAUUGCUGCAGCAACCCUCAUUCUUAAUGCUCUGCUACUGAGGCGUCAGAGCUAGAGGCAACUACUCCACCUCUGCCAAAAGAAGGCAUGCUCAAUACUCCUCACUCACCACAACCUAUUCUAUGUAUGCUGUACACACACAGAAGUGAGAUGGUGGAUGCUCCUGGAUCUACUGCUACAGUUCUAGAACUCUCCAAGAUAUCAGACGAAACUUACGCAAGUCCUUUCCAGACCACCAGUAAUAAGGCCUACAAUGUAGUGAGAGGGACUGGAAGGACACCUGAAGUUGAAUAUGAAGUACCACAAAACCUUCCUCCCACCACCUCAUCGUCCCGACCUGCAGCUGGAGACAACACCUAUGAACCUGUCUGACACUGACACU